AUGUCUCCUCCGAUAGAGGCCCAAUACGAUGUCUACCCAGUACAUCUGGGAGAUGCCGCCUCGAUGAACGAAAAGUUUGUGUCUUGGCUUUUCCGAUUCAACGAUGUUUUGGACGUCGAUAAACUCCAUCUCGCGCUUGCGCAGCUCCUCGAACAUGGUGAUUGGCGGAAGCUUGGCGGCCGCCUUCACAGAACUCCUGAUGGAAAAUUGGAACUUCGUGUUCCGCGAUGCUUCACUGACAAAGAGCCAGCCGUCGCCUUUACAAAGCAAGACUUGUCAACCCUGAGCAUAAGCGAGCACCCCUUGGCCAAGCACUUGCCCGAGCCUCGGGACUCGCCUUACUCUCAAUCUAUUUCUGGCAAAAUGGACUUUCGAAGCUUUGCGGUACCCGCUGGUUUCCCACCCAGCAUGAAGCAGUUUGUGGCGACGCAGGCGCCGCAGAUGGCGCUGCUCACUACCUCGUUCAAGGACGCCACCUUGGUUUCCCUUGUUUGGCCGCAUACACUCUUUGAUGGCGUCGGACUCACUCAUGUAUUACAUGGCUGGUCGCUGAAGCUAGCUGGCAAGGACGAUGAGAUACCCGCUGUUCUCGGAGCUAGAGAGGACGUCCUUGACGCAAUCGACACGGACUCGCAGCCUGCGACAGGGGGCUUUGUCGGCCCCAAGCUUGUGAGCGGCCUGGAUCUCGUUCUUUUCAUUAUCCUAUUUUUAUGGCACAGACUAUUUUACACGCCCCGAGAUACGCGCAUGAUUUUUCUACCGCGAGCGGCAGUGGAUCGGAUCAACCUCGAAGCGAGGAAGCAUACUGGCGAUGCCUUCAUCACGGAAGGCGACGGAAUCUCGGCGUGGGUUGUCAAAUCCAUUACUUCGGCGGAGCCCAAACCACACCCCGUAACGGUAAUGCACCUGGUCAACGGGCGAGGACGACUGCGGUGUCUUGCCAGCACUGGGGGUGUCUACCUGCAAAACAUUGUCAGCACGGCAUUCUGCCAUUUGACGCCGAACAUGUCGGGUGCCUCUGUCGGGGCGAUUGCGGCGGAAAGCAGGCGACAGAUGGUGGCGCAGACGUCGGAAGAGCAAAUGACGCUGCUCUUGAGACGCGUGAGGGAGAGCCUGCGGAAGAACAAGCGCGCCAAGCUCGAGUUUCUGGGGACGCCGCACGCGCGCGUCAUCUUUACCAAUAACUUGACCAAGGCAUCGUAUGUGCAGACAGCUGACUUUGGCCCAGCCGUCAUCCGCCGCGGCCAAGACGACGCGUCGAGGCGAAACCCUACAGGAACCAUGGUCAACUAUCUGCAUCUGGUGGUCAAGGGUCAUAUUACAGCGACUGAUAAUUUCUACAUUAUUGGGAAAGAUCAUGGCGAUGGUUAUUGGCUCAUGGCGACUGUUUCGGACAAGGCCUGGUUUUCGCUCUCAGCCUCUUGUUUGACACUGGCCCUGGUUCCUCUCCAGUACAAGUCGUCAUUGUUCGUCGUUUUCCACGUUCUUCAUCGCAUUCAUGCCCCAUUAUCGCGCAACUUUUCUGGUUCGGAUCCGGCUGGCUCUUUCGUCCACUCACAGGCGCAUCCUGACGGCGUGCAACAGAUGAUCGUCGACAGGGCAUGUCUAGCUCCGCCGCCUGCUGUAGAUGUUGACUUGUUCACAUUCGCCUUGACAGAUACUGGCUCAAUUGGAGGAGGGAAUACGUUUCCCGGCGUGUCUCGGCCGUUUGGCAUAGUCAAACUCGGUCCAGAUCUUUACUCGGGAACCGAUGCCUAUUCUGGCUACCUUGCUACUGGCAACUUUACCGGCUUCUCCAUGCUCCAUGAGAGCGGUACCGGCGGAGCUCCCAAAUAUGGAGUCGUGUCUCAGAUGCCUAUUGUAGGGAACAUUGAGAACCCUCUUGACCAGAACACCAAUGAUACGCGCGCCGAACCCGACUACACAGAAGUCGGCUACUACCGAGCAAAACUUGGCUCGGGCACCACUGUUGAGCUUGCAGCAACUACUAAAGCUGGCUUAUUGCAAUAUACCUUCCCGAAAACAGACGAGCCUUUGAACGUCUGGGUCGACGUCUCCCAUGUCUUGUCGUCGUAUCGUGGCCAGUGUCUCGGCCAACACUAUCUUGAGGGAAACAUCUCCGUUCUGAACGAGCCUGGCAAGCCAGGCUUCUUGUACUACACUGGCUCCGGAAAAUAUGAUAAUGGAUGGAACAGAGCGGCCCCGUGGACAGUGUACUUUUGCGGCCACUUUGAUGCGCCGGCCACGCAUAAAGUCUUUCGCAGUCCACAAGGCCAAACUGAAAAACGGCAAGACACAGCCCAGGCCCCUCGUGCUGGCGCUCUCUUUACCUUCAACCAGACCUCCGUGUCGUCUCGGGUGGGAGUCUCCUUCAUCUCGACGCAGCAGGCCUGCGAGAGCGUGGCGAGAGAGAUCCCUCGCGGCUCCGGGAUCCGACAUGUGCAAGACCAGACACGCCAGGUGUGGAAUAAGGAAGUAUUUGGCAAAGUAACAACGACGGAAACGAGCACAACCAAGCUCAAUCAACUAUACAGUGCAUUGUACUUUAUGCACCUGCUGCCGCAGAACAAGACUGGCGAGAACCCCCUUUGGAAAUCCGACGAACCGUACUAUGACGACAUCUUCACGUUUUGGGACAUUCCCACGUACUACGAAGAGCUUCUUCGAUCCAUGGUUGAUGUCUGGCGCCAUGUCGGCUGGGUGUCCGACGCACGAUCGUCCUUUUCCAAUGGUGCCGUCCAAGGUGGCUCCAACUCGGACAAUGUAUUCGCCGACGCCUAUAUCAAGGGCGUGCGUGGAAAGGUCAACUGGGACGAUGCCUUCGCCUCCAUGGUGAAGAAUGCCGAAAAGGUCCCGCCAAACAACAACGACUCUCGCGACCCCACGGGAUCGACGCGGGAAGGCCGCAGCGCUCUGCCGGACUGGCUUCAAUACGGCUUCAUCACCCCGAAGUUUUCAAGAUCUGUUAGUCGUGCGGUGGAAUACUCGGUCAAUGACUUUUCGCUGGCUAGCGUCGCCGCAGGCCUGGGCAAGGAUGCCGAGUUUGAUAGAUACUUUAACCGCUCCCACAACUGGCGCAACCAUUGGAACGCCGACAUGACGGCUCUGGGAUUCGCCGGCUUCGUCGGGCCACGAAACACGUCCGGAUUCAUCCCCCAAGAUCCCCUGUCCUGCGGCGGCUGCUACUGGCGCGACGACUACUACCAGGCGCUUCCCUGGGAGUACUCCUUCAACGCGCGCCACGAUCUGACCAGGCUCAUUGAGCUCUGCGACGGCGACGCCGCGUUUGUCCGGCGGCUCGACAAGACGUUCGAGCCAGGCAUCUUCUCGGGCAACGGCGCCUUUGGCCACACGCUGUUCAACCCGGGCAACGAGCCGAGCUUCACCACGCCGUACCUGUACAACUUUGUCAAUCGCCAGGACCUGGCCGUCGAGCGCAGCCGCUUCGUCGCCAAGUCCUACUACCGUCCGACCCGCGACGGCCUGCCCGGAAACAGCGAUGCCGGCGCCAUGGAAUCUUGGCUGUUGUGGAACAUGAUUGGCCUCUAUCCCAUGACGGGGCAGACGACAUUUUUCAUCGGCUCGCCCUGGUUCUCCGACCUGACCGUGGCGCUCGGCGGCGGCAAGACGCUCAAGGUGACGGCGCAGGGCGGCUCCGACAGCGCUUACCAGGUGCAGUCGCUCAAGGUCAACGGAAAGCAAUGGGACAGGAGCUGGCUGAGCUGGUACGACAUCUUUGCGCAUGGCGGCACGCUGGAAUUUGUGCUCGGCCCCGAGGCGGCUAGCUGGGCGACGGGUCAGCGCCCGCCAAGCCCUGGAAGCAUGAGUGCCGAGGAUGCCAAAGUUUUUCUGAAGAACCAAGUCGGCAAGGGAAAGUGCUAA